CGCGCUCUGCCGGCUCCGCUACCUGAGCCGGCAACCACGUCACCGCCACAUCAUCUGGCCUCUUCUAUUUGCAGGGAACCAGGAAAGGGAGCGGCGGCCGGCGGGAGGCGCGGGGCCGCGGGCGCCGGGAAGAUGCUGCAGUCCCUGGCCGGCAGCUCGUGCGUGCGCCUGGUGGAGCGGCACCGCUCGGCCUGGUGCUUCGGCUUCCUGGUGCUGGGCUACCUGCUCUACCUGGUGUUCGGCGCCGUGGUCUUCUCGUCCGUGGAGCUGCCUUACGAGGACCUGCUGCGCCAGGAGCUGCGCAAGCUGAAGCGGCGCUUCCUGGAGGAGCACGAGUGUCUGUCGGAGCCGCAGCUGGAGCAGUUCCUGGGCCGCGUGCUGGAGGCCAGCAAUUAUGGAGUGUCGGUGCUCAGCAACGCCUCUGGCAAUUGGAACUGGGACUUCACCUCGGCGCUCUUCUUCGCCAGCACGGUGCUCUCCACCACAGGCUAUGGCCACACGGUGCCCUUGUCAGAUGGCGGCAAGGCUUUCUGCAUCAUCUACUCUGUCAUCGGCAUCCCGUUCACCCUCCUUUUCCUGACAGCUGUGGUCCAGCGUGUCACCGUGCACGUCACCCGCAGACCCGUCCUCUACUUCCACAUCCGCUGGGGCUUCUCCAAGCAGGUGGUGGCCAUCGUCCACGCUGUUCUGCUGGGAUUCAUCACCGUGUCCUGCUUCUUCUUCAUCCCAGCCGCUGUGUUCUCUGUGCUGGAGGAUGACUGGAACUUCCUGGAAUCCUUUUACUUCUGUUUCAUCUCGCUGAGCACCAUUGGCCUGGGGGAUUAUGUUCCAGGGGAAGGCUACAACCAGAAGUUCAGAGAGCUGUACAAGAUCGGGAUCACAUGCUACCUUCUCCUCGGACUCAUCGCCAUGUUGGUCGUCCUGGAAACCUUCUGUGAACUCCAUGAGCUGAAGAAAUUCAGGAAAAUGUUCUACGUGAAGAAAGACAAGGACGAAGAUCAAAUUCACAUCAUGGAGCACGACCAGCUCUCCUUCUCUUCCAUCACUGAGCAGGCAGCCGGCCUGAAGGAGGAUCAGAAGCAAAACGAGCCGUUUGUGGCCUCCCAGUCACCACCCUAUGAGGACGGCUCUGCGAACCACUGAGCAUGGGCUACCAGACCCCGGACAUGAGGCAGAGCCUUGACUGUGUCCAUUUUUACAAGAAAGUCAAAGCCAAGAUGAUGUUAUUUUAAGAAAUAUCUACUGUUAACAAUAUUUUAAAAACAUGGAACUUAGGCUCCCGGGGUGGGUGUCUAAUCCCUGGGCAAAUGAGAUGUGUACCUGUAAUUCAUAGGAGACACAGUCACCUGGACAGCACACACCAGGGAUGAAUACUUAAAGCAGUGUGCUGCAGUGGAUGGAGGCAGAUUUUAUAUGUAACUGGGGACUCUGGGUUUGCAUUCCAAUCAUUUUGCCGACAGCUAAAUAGCAACAUUUAUAUUUAAAAACAAACAAAAAAUCUAUAGAGAUGUAUUUUAUAAAUAGGUUUAAGUGUCCUGGCUUGCAUGUACCUAUCCAAAAUGAUUAUUUUUGUAGCGUCUAAAUUAACUCUAUUUAUAAUGAAUAGGUUACCAUCCACUGUGUACAUAGAACAUAUAAAUAUGUUUAUAUCCUGUACAUACCUGUAGGCUGCCAGAUCUCCCUGUACUUCUUAAGCCAAGAUAAGGAAUAUUUUUUUCUUUUUGAUUUCUCUUUAUACUAAAGGACUCGGAAUUGCCACAACAUGCUAGGAGGCAUAGAAACCCAAGAGAAAAUCAGUAUGCUAUACUGUUACCAUAUAUGUUUCUACCUUCUUACCAUGAUGUGGGACCAGAUGACCAGUGAGGAAGAGAAUUUGUGAGAGAGUGAAGUGAUUGGUCUGGAAAGUACACCACUCUUUCUGCCCACCUCACAAGGAAGCCCAGAACACGGUGAAAUGCCCCAACCAACAGAUUAGGUCAGGUUAAUCUGAGAGGUCUACAUCUAGAAGCUGAAAUCAAUAAAAUCACGGCAGGUUGCCAUCUA